CAAACUUGAUCCGAACUGUUUUGCUGAGUGUUUUCUUUUACAUUUUCCAAAAGGAAAAUGUAAUUAUUUCCCAUAAAAAUCUUUGAUGCACAUUUCCAAUCGUGGCCGCUUCAACAUUUCAACCGAUUAGAAUAAUCCCUAAAGUUUUUUUAUCACCUUUAAGAAAAAAUAUGAGUAAAAAAAUAUUUUACCCAGCCACCGAAAGAAACAAACCCCACAUCCUCAAAGUUCUUCAAAACCAUCUAAACGAAACUCAACCAGGAAAUCUCCUAGAAAUAGCUUCAGGAACCGGACAACAUGUUUCCUAUUUUGCCCCACACUUUCCCUCCAUACAAUUCCAACCAUCAGAAUACGACGGAAGCUUAUUAAAAAGCAUCAAAGCUUUCAUAGAAGACACCGCAACGAAAAAUAUACGUCCUCCUUUAGAGAUUGAUGUCACAACUAAAUCGAAAACUUGGAAUCUCCCCGUUGAAAAAUUCGAUUAUCUUUUAAAUGUCAACAUGGUUCAUAUAAGUCCCUAUAAAUGUACGGAAGGAUUGUUUCAAAAUGCCGGGGAUGUUUUGAAAGAUGAUGGUUUGAUGAUUAUGUAUGGGCCAUAUGCGAAUAAUGGAGUCAUUGAACCUCAGUCGAAUAUCGAUUUUGAUAGGGGGUUAAGAUCGCAAAAUCCGGAAUGGGGUUUGAGGGAUAUUGAAGAUUUGAAGGUGUUGGCGGAUAAAGUUGGGAUAAAACUUUUGAAGGUUUAUGAUUUACCAUCGAAUAAUAAGUGUUUGGUUUGGGUUAAAAAAGAUAUUGAAAAAUAAAAAAAUUUUAAUAAAAUAUUGUAAUGUAUACUUAUUUUCUUAAGUAUGCUAAUUAGUUAUAGAUUGUACUGUAAUAAUAUGUUAUGUAAUAUUAUUUCUUUGAAUAAAUUGGCAAACUAACAGA